AAUAAUAAAAUAACCAUAAACAUGAUUAAGAACUGUGUUGCUCUCGUUACUGGUGGUGCCUCCGGCUUGGGCCGUGCCACCGUUGAACGUUUCGCCAAACAAGGUGCCCGUGUUGUUAUGGCCGAUUUGGGUUCCUCCAAGGGUAAUGAAGUUGCCAAGGAAUUGGGUGACAAUGUUGUCUUCGUUCCCGUCGAUGUUACCUCCGAAAAGGAUGUAACCACCGCUCUUGAAACUGCCAAGGAAAAAUUCGGCCGUUUGGAUUUGGCUGUUAACUGUGCCGGUACUGCCACCGCCAUCCGUACCUAUAACUUCAACAAGAACACUGCCCACCGUUUGGAAGACUUCACCCGUGUCUUGAUGGUCAACACCGUUGGUACAUUCAAUGUUAUCCGUUUGUCUGCUGGCGUUAUGGGCGCCAACGAACCCAAUCAAGAUGGCCAACGUGGUGUUAUUGUCAACACUGCCUCUGUGGCUGCCUUCGAUGGUCAAAUUGGCCAAGCCGCUUACUCUGCCUCCAAGGCUGCCGUUGCCGGUAUGACCUUGCCAAUUGCCCGUGAUUUGAGCACCCAAGGUAUUCGCAUUUGCACCAUUGCUCCUGGUCUCUUCAACACACCCAUGUUGGCUGCUUUGCCCGAAAAGGUGCGCACCUUCUUGGCCAAGUCCAUUCCAUUCCCCCAACGUUUGGGCGAACCCUCGGAAUAUGCUCAUUUGGUGCAGGCCAUCUAUGAGAAUCCCUUGAUGAACGGUGAAACUAUUCGUAUUGAUGGUGCCCUCCGUAUGCAACCUUAAAUGUUGACAUAACAAAGAAGAGAUUACCGAACGUGAUG